AUGUCUUCGUUCUUUGUGACAGUUCUUGUGCUAAUUCGAAUCAUUGAUACCUUUAGUGGUCAAGGUGUGUUAGAUGAGGCAAAUCAGCAGGUUUUGAUUUGUUUGCCUGCUGGUCUUCUGGGACAACCUGGACCGCCUGGACUAAAAGGGUCACCUGGACUAAAAGGGUCACCUGGACAAGACGGAAUAAAAGGAAAACGGGGGAUGAAAGGAGAGAAAGGAUUAGUUGGUGGUGUCGGCGCUAAAGGCAAUGCUGGGAAAAUAGGUCCGCAAGGAAUGCGAGGAAUACAAGGAGGGAAAGGAGAAACGGGAAGGAAGGGAGAGAAAGGAGACGCUAUGACACUCAAUUGGAAACAGCGUGUGUGGAACAGAUAUGAUACUAGGAACAGCGGUCUCGUUCAGAACUGUAACUUCAGAAAACGUGACAACAAAUCAUCCUUACAUGUUGCAUAUGCAGGAAAUCUAAGGGUUUUAUGCUUCAGUGGCUACUGCUGUGGUCGAUGGUAUUUUACAUUCAACAGUAAAGAGUGCAGUGGACCUAUGACUAUUGAAGGAAUUGUAUCUAGUCAUCCAAAUAAUAGUUAUAAUGAUCUAUCUCGUCACAGACAGAUCGAGGGAUACUGUGAGAACAUUCUUGCAGGUCAAGUUGCAAUUGCACUCAAUAUUGGAAACUGCAAGGGAUACUCAGCGCAUGAUAGCUAUACCGGACGGAAUUCUGUAUCUCGCAUUAUGAUUCAAGAAGUUCCUCCACCACAAAAUGACUGAAAUAGACAACUUGUGUUCAGUGUGUAGCAGUAAGAGGCAGGCAUAGUUGAGUUAUAGGAAUCUAGCUGGAAGGUGCUGGUGCAUAUAGCUAUUCGGUGCUCUAUGUUACUUGACUGUUUAUUGGCAAUUUCAUGCGGUUGUUGGACAUCAUCUUGUGGACGUACUCUACACUAGGCAUGACUGGCUUUACCGUAUGUGUAUUGUAUUGCAUCCAUUUGGCAUUCUCAAUUACUAUGGAACUGUUGUUUUUAUAAUAUCCAACAGAUGGUAAAUUGGAGUUGUUUGAA